AGGCCAAUGGCAGACCGCGUGGCUGGUUGCUAGUGAAGCGCUGGCGGCAAGAUGGCGGCGACCGGCGAGGGCAGCCCGGCUUCGCUCCCGCAGCGGCUGGAUCAGCCCAGGCGGCCGCCGCGGAACGGUUAUGGUGUCUACGUAUACCCAAAUUCUUUCUUCCGCUAUGAAGGAGAAUGGAAAGAAGGGAAGAAACACGGCUUGUUCCAGCCCCCUCUGGCUCCUAGUCUGCAGAGUCACGGGAAGCUGCUGUUUAAAGAUGGAAGUUACUAUGAGGGCGAGUUUUCAGAUGGAGAGAUCACAGGGUUCGGCUGCCGGUACUGGGCCUGGUCAGGAAACACCUAUUCCGGACACUUUGUUUUAGGAGAGCCUCAAGGACAUGGCGUCAUGAAAUAUAAAGCUGGGGGCUACUACGAAGGGGAGCUCUUUCGCGGCCUGAGGGCAGGACAGGGGUUUCUGGUGGACAGGGAUGGACAGGAGUAUCGGGGGUCCUUCCAUGACAACAAAAGGCAUGGCCGAGGACAGAUGCUUUUUAAGAACGGCGACAAGUAUGAAGGAGACUGGGUCCAGGACCGGCGUCAGGGACACGGGGUGCUGCGCUGUGCUGACGGCUCCACCUACGAGGGACAGUGGCACAGCGAUGUCUUCAGUGGGCUGGGCAGCCUGGCCCACUACUCAGGAGUCAUCUACCAUGGGCUGUGGAUCAACGGCCACCCAGUGGAACAAGCCUCGAGGAUGGUGAUUCUGGGUCCGGAGCUGCUGGAAGUGGCCCAGGGAGCCCCCUUCACGCUGCACGUCCAGCUGCAGCAGCAGCAUGGGGACCUUGCCAAGGGCGAGAGUGGCCGGGUCCUGAGGAUCUCCGCCGGCAUCAGAUACGUGCAGCUCCCAGCCUAUUCCGAGGUCAGCUUUUUCAAAGUGGAUGAAGACCACCAAGAGACACCCAUGCAGACACCAUUUGGGUUCCAGUGCAUCUCCUAUCCUGUGUCCACCCCCACCUUGCGGGGCCUGGAGCCCGAGGCUGCCAAAGAAACUGCUGGAGCUGACUUGCCACUCCUGGAGGAAGACCAGGUGGACACCCCCAGUGGCCUGGCUGCCAGGGGACGCCAGUCCCAGUGUCUCGGGGACCAUCAGCGGCAAGUGGAGCAAGGCUAUGCUGAAUUCCGGGACCUGCUUCUUGGGCCCCCUCCGCCUGGGCGCCAGCCUUUCCUGUUCCUGCACAGCCCGCACAAGAAGGACGGCAGCAAGCCCAGAGGCAGCCUGUGCCCUUCCGGUGUGAUGCCCACUGCCCAGGAGCCAACAGGAGGCAGCAGGCCUGAAGAGACCUCAGCAGAGCUGGCGGCAGAGGCCUACCCAGGGGAAUACGUGAUCAUGAUCCAUGAUGUGACCACCCCUCCGUUCCUGGGCCGCCCACUGCCCACCGCCUUCAAACACCUGCGGGUCCUGGCAAAGGGGACUGGCCAGAGGCCCCGUGUCCCUGAAGAAGGCACCAGAGCCUUCAGUCAGAGGCAAGCCCCAUGGACACACUCAAGAACUCCAGCGCCCUAGGGGUCACCUUCGUCUCGAAUGCAAGUUAAUGCUGCAUCCCCGGGGCCCAUCCCCCACGUGCCCAAGUGGCCCGAGCAGCCUGAAGUGGAGGGCUGUCCCACAAGA